AUGUUGUCUGUUGAGACCGUGGAGUACAUAUGCGGCAAAGAACCUCGCUUGCUUAGGUUUUGUGGCGUCGACGAGGAAACCUUCAAUUCUCUGUUCCGACGAUCACUGGUUGUUCGUUACAAAGCAUCGUUCUGGGACCGCGACUACAUCUUGAGCAAGGUACGACAGCCAGAGGAGCAAGGCAUUUUCCCAAAAGAUCCAACCCUGAAAGAUUUCCUGCGAUCGAGCCCGGCUUGUCUUGUAACUUUGCGAGCAUUGUGGCAGUAUGCCCGAGACCAUAACGCUGCGGACUGCAGAAAAUGCCUUGACGAGUAUGUUGUCGGAGGCGAGGACGAAGGCUUGACAGAGUUGUGUGUCAGGCAGGCGUGUGGACUGAAGCACACGUCGAAGCCAGAAGAUCCUUCGCAUGAUGUUGACACUGCCAAGCCAGAUGGUCAACCGCCAACUGCAGGAGAGGAUGUUCUUGCAGUUUUACGCAAGCAAAGAGAUGAGAUUGUCAGUUGGAUGAUCCAAGUCAAAAAGGAUUUCUGUACAUCUGGACAAUUACGAAGUGUUACAGGCAAGCACGCGUGGACUGCAUUCAGUCGUCAAGAUGUAGAUGACAUUCUGGAUGCACUAACUGCGCACAAGCUCAUGCAAAAAAGCUCUCUGACGCUGCCCAAGUUGGGUCUUACCGACGUCUUUUCACCAAAGGUCUUCACGACAAAAUCUAUGACGGAUGUCAUCGACAUGAAGCAUGAUGAUGCAGCUGCUUUUCCUGAAGCAUAUGCUUGCCAGUCGUUGCGGCGACACAUGCUGAGUCAUAAAGGACGUCGUGCAAACAACCAGAUAUUGCAGCAAGCUCAUACGACAAAAGCCAAAGAGCUGAAAAAGGGCAAAGGCAGCGGCGCAGGUGAGCAAGCGCUCUUUACCGAAAUGCAGUACUACCUCGAAGACGGCGGCGUCGGUGCUGAGCAACAUGAAAUGGUUGUGCAACGCACAUAUGCGUAUAAGCUGGAAACACGUUGUCGACGCAAUGUGAACGGCUCGGGUGCACAAAGCUUUUCAAAGGUGUUUCGCAACAUUGUCUGCAAGAACAUGCGGGAUUUUGACUUCCACGCGAGCAUGUUCACUCUCGUCGUGCAGCUUGUCGACAAACUCGACACCUCGUUCAACGAGAUGCUGCCAAGCUUAAAAGCAUGGCGUGCAGUUGCUAACAACAGACAAGGAGUUUGCGAGGACAUACUGCAAUGCAGUCCUAUCCGAGGCAAAGCACUGCUGUUGCAAGUGGCUAAUGGUCAAGCAGUGUCCUCAGCCUCAGCUGACGAUAUUUCUGAAGCAGGGCAGCAAUUCCUAGAGGAUCUGUCCAAGGAAAGCCGAUGUUUACGUUGGCUCGCCCGAAGUCUUUGUCCGGAUCUAUACGAGAAAGUGAAAGAUGGUGCCGACGGAUUCAAGCAAAGCAGCUGGCCAGAGGCAACAGUCUUCUCUUACUGGUGGUAUUCGGCAGAAGAUUAUUGUCUCAGCAGUAUGUUGGAUUUAUUUCGAGAUAUCGAUGUACCACGCCAGCACAUUUCCUUGCACUUCGAUGGCCUUUUACUAUCGCAUGAUCUUGUGCAGGCUGUGGAACAGAAGCACGGCGGUAACAAUUUCGCUGACAUAGCUCAGACUCAUAUAUUGGAACGCACUGGGUUCCGUAUCCGUAUAAAAGAGAAGCACUUUAGAUCGUUGGUGGAGCAGUUGUCAGAUCUGGAAAACACAUCUUCGCAUUUGGAUUCAGUCGACGAGACGUUGUUGACAGUACUUUCAUCGCCAGGCAACUGCAUACCCUUCGCUUAUGCAUGUGUAACAGGCGAAUGGCUGUCAGUUGCUGAGUUACUGCAGAAAGUCAACCAAGCGAACACUCGUGCAAAAGAACGUGGCUACAGAUGCUACAAAGACUGGUCAGAGUACAAUCAAAGGUUCUUGAAGCCAUGCUUGACAUUGCCUUCAACACCAAAUACGUGUUUUCUGAUACACGCUGAUGUUGGCGGCGCGCCUCGCUGCUUUGGUGCUAAAGUCUUGCCCGAUUGUCAGCUCCAGAUCUUCCACGAGCACACAGCGUGCACUUUGCCAAGCCUCUCUUUAGAAGAGAUUCUGGCUGAAACAUGUGAGACUUUCAGCAUUGUGUUUUUCAGUGUCCAAAGCGUGAAGCCCAAAAUGACGGCCUCGGAAGUACAACUACUGGAUCUCGUCGCAGGUUGCAAUUCGACCCGUUGCCUGUUGAGAGACAGACGUGGUGGUGGUGAAGCUGGCGAUGCAGAUGUGCAAGUUGGGCAACAUCUACGAGACCUUCUCGAACAAGAAGUGAACGACGCAACUCGCCAACUUCAACAGCAGAAGGGACGAUCGUUCGGGGCACAAGUCUGCCCGUUGUGUCCCUGGCGACGCUUCGAAAAAAGAAGCUACUUAUUGACGCAUAUCACUAAACACCACAGUGUCGGCAAAAGGUUUGUGGCGUCUGGCACAAAGCAACUUCGCAUCAUUGCGGCCAUGUACGAUGACGACGCUGCGCGACAAGCAUCCCAUAGCGACUACAUGAGUCGUUCAGCAGAACUUCUUCGAAGCCAAGUCAAACCUGGAGUGUCUUCGAAGAAGAAUGUCAUUGACAAGGACAUACGCCUUUGCUUGACUACUAAAGGUCCUUCCUUCAUGUCGAUGCAGAAAAUCAAGCAGGCAAAGGAUUUGAGACGCGUCGGAAAUGUCUACUACGACCGUUCCUUUGCAAAUGACUUUAUGUGCAAUGCUGUGGCAAGCCGCGCAUCUUUCCGGCAGAUUGCAGCCUAUUUCACAUCUUCCACCGCUCGACACCAAGGCGCGUUGUGCUCCAUGCUGCCAGAAGCCAGUCGUUCGUUUUGGUGCAAUGUACUGGAAGACUUAACUCAAUCGCCGCAGAUCAAACUCAAGCUCCAAGAUCUUCUGCAAGAGUGUGAGGCUCAUACCGAAUUCGAAUACUUAAGCAUCGAUGCCACGGUCAAAUGCAUGCUGAAAAUUAUUGGCCAAGCGCACUUCAACAGCAGUCAAGACUGUCGUGAUGCCGCGGCAAUCCCAGAUUCAGAUGCUGCUUACAAGCUUCUUACAGUGCGUGGACGUACGAAUGCUGUGCUCGGCCUGCGUGGGAUUCGGUCAGAAGGUUCGCGAGAGAUUGCAAGUGGCUUGAGCAGCAUGCUGACAUUGUCUCAGCGAGCACAAGUUCUGCACAUGGCAUCAGACUCGCCGAGUGUUGAGCUUUUCGCGACGUUGAAGAAUACAUUUCCAAAUUUGCAGUCGCUUGGCCUGGAUGCCAUGCAUAUCGUUAUGGUUUACGAACAAAAUCAUAGCAACAAGAAAACCAAAGGCAGCAGGUGGCUGGCCACAGUCAUGAACAAAUUUCGCAACAUUGAUGUGGAAUGUCCUGCCGCUGCAUGGGGACCUAUGUACACCGGACAGCAGCAAAUUCAUUACACAGCUGAAGAAAAAAGACUUUCAGCGUUGGUUUCCAAUGCAAGUAUGCCUCAAGCCGAAGCUAUGGGCAUUCUGCAACAGCUAGAUCCUGAUAGUCCUUGGCGAACAGAGUCACAGUUCCUGGAGGCGAUGGCUGCAAUAUGUACGCUAUUCCACGACGAACUUACAAAAACAACUUUUUCGGGUCCUACUUUGCAUCGACUCUUGAUUAAUCUUACAUCGCCUGUGAAAAUCCAAUGGCUGUUCAACGACACGAGAUACCGCCACACGUGCGCGCCUUCGCAGACGCAGUUGCUGCCGAGCGGUACUACAUCUAACGAGUCACUGCACCAUGAACUGAACAGUUGGCUUCACGAGAUCGCUGCUUGGCAAAGGCUAAAGAUUUUUUAG